CUCAGCUUGCCACAUAAUAGAGUUAUUUCAUUACCUGCGAAUUCAGGUUGGAAGAAGAAUGCUACUGUUUGAAGUUGACCUGGACAGGAACUGGAAAGGACUAUUUCAAGACAACUUCUGCACAACUUGCUGCUGGUUUUCUAAAUCUUAAGUGGUGUUUAAAGAUCUCAUUCUUUUCUUAUAUAUCACUUGGCAAAGUAACAUAGGCAGCCCUUCCAGAAAUGGGGAAGAGGCGGAGAACCACAGAGGGCUGGCGUGUGAUGGAGCUUAAGGCCCCUCUGUUUUGUAUGAAGGAAGAAAGUGAGGAGCUUGUUGGCUGGCUAUGCUCGUUCCAAACCACUGUAUUAAGCAAACUCAAUUUAACUCUUUGAUGAAAAUGCCCAUUCACUGAAAGAUGUGAGCAGGCAGAAGUGAGACGACUGGGGGCAUGCACACUCCGCACCGCCCGCCGUCCCCGCCCCGUUCCUCUCCCUGGAACGACAUGGCCGUCAUGGGCCGAGGGGCAGCGGCGGAGCUGUGGGGGGUGCUGCUGCCGCCGCAGCGGGCGGCCGAGGGCUCGGAGGACGAAGAGGACGAAGAGGUCGAGGAGGAGCCUCACUUGGAGGAGGCUGCGCUGCUGGACGCUAACGGGAGGGAGAUGGCGGCCGCCCUGCCCCCGCGACGAGCCGUUGUUAUACAAGAGAGCUCCAAAAAGGAGUAUGAAGUAGUUGGACGCUUUCCAUUAGUUGGCCCCUGGUGGACAGUUAAUGUUAAAGUUAAAAAAGGGGGGUCCAAGUACUUUGUUCAAGGAUAUCCAUCCUAUUUUCUUCGGACCAAUAUAGAAGACAACAACCGAGAAGUCUUCUCGCUCUUUCUUAAGGAAUGUAGAGUUCCAGAGCAUUUUAGGCAGCUGUUUUUUGCUUGGCUUCCUGCAAAGUCUACUCUAAGUUUUGGGAAUCUUGAAGAAAAACUAAAACAAUUCCAAGUUUCACACUUACCAGCAGGAAAGAAACAAGGAGACACUAAGGAUUUUGAUAUCUUAUACCAUGUUUGGAAAUCAGUUGCAGGGAAAGCAGUGUUGGUAGCCCUGACUCACCCGAUGAUACUGGAAUUCUUGCCUACUCUUCUGCCGCGCCAUUUCUGCUCUCUUUUGGAUAUGGUGUGCUGGAAGAGAAAGGCUGAAAAUGACGAUACGGAUGGUGAGAUGGUACAUUCUGAAGAUGAGAUACUAACAAAGUUGGAUGAGAUAUUAAAAAAUGAGCCAUGGAAACUCGGAUUCAGCAGGAUUACCUACAGGGAACUGAAACUUUCUUACUGUGAGGCAACGUGGGACGCCUUCCGUCAGUGUGAACACCUCCUUCGGAAGAUCCCUGACUUGCAGAAGAAUGCUUUGAUUCUGUAUAAUAAACUCAAGAAACACUGCAGAGAAAUGGGACACACUUACGAGGAUCAGGAUGAAUUAACUCGUUUCGUAUCUGAAGAUAUGUCCAUUGAGAGUGCUUGGCAAUCUCUGGAAUUUCUGAAAGAUGAGAAUAUAGUGAUUAGGGAGAAGACACUGGUGUUUCUGCCUCAUCUAUACAAAUCUGAAAAAGACAUUGCCAUGUAUAUAGGUGAUCUCCUGUCAAAAUGCCCGUGGCAACUAGAUGUUGAUGUGAGAAAAAUACUUAACGCUUCUGAGAUGUCAAGAGGAGUUGUAGACAGUAAAACUAAUGGUAUCCAGGCUGAUGAAGUGGAACAUCUGAAGGAAGAUAACCCAGACAAUCAUCACUGUGAAAAUCAGCUUCCUGAAAGGGAAGUGGCGUCCACAUCUGGUACCCAAAGUAAAGCAGAGGUAGACCCAGAUCAGGUGAUUGCUCUUGAAAAGAUUUGUUCUAAUCCUGUCACGAUCAUAAGUGGGAAAGGAGGCUGUGGGAAGAGUACAAUCGUUAGCUGCCUUUUUCGGCACUUAAAGCAGAUAGAAAAAGAAGUGGAAGCUGCUUCCAAGGACUUUGAAGAAGACCUGGAUGUGUCUGAGGAAUGGGAUACUUUUGAUCAUCAUUGGGAGUCAGAGAACGCUUGCACAAAAAAUCCCUUGAAUAUUCUAUUUACUGCACCCACAGGGAAGGCAGCGAGUCUUCUGAGUGAGAAAACCAAGCUUCCUGCAUACACUCUGCAUCAGAUCAUCUAUAGUUUUAAAUCAUGGAGGCAGACUGCAAAAGAAGUGCCAUGGAAGUUUUCUACUGUGACAGUUCUGAUUGUGGAUGAAGGAAGCUUGGUGUCUGUACACAUUCUUAGCUUAGUUUUAAAACUGUUAUGUGAGCAUGCUCAGCUUGCCAAACUUAUUAUUCUAGGUGAUACUAGACAGCUACCAAGCAUAGACCCUGGCAACAUGUUAGCUGAUAUCUUUAGUAGUCUAAAAUCAAGAGGACUUUCUGUGGAACUGCGAACAAAUCACAGAGCUGAAUCACAGCUCAUUGUGGAUAAUGCAACAAGAAUCUCUCUCCGGAAGCUUCCUGAAUUUGAUGAGGUGCUGAAAUUUUCUGGUUGGAAUAAAGAGCUGGAAAUGCCAAGCCCUGAGAAGAAAUUCAUUUUUAUUGCUCUGCCUUCUGAUGGGGGUUCUGAUAAUUUGCAAGCUGCCAUAAAGGCUUUACUUAAAGAAGGACCAGGAUUGCAGGAUGCCACACAGUCACAGUUCAUUGCUUUCAGAAGGCAGGAUUGCGAUCUAAUCAAUGAACUUUGCUGCCAGCACUAUUCGAACCAUUUAACCAGAGACCACAAAAGACGACUUUUAUUUCAAGUUGAUGACAAGAUUUCCUGCACGAGAAAUACGUACCUCAAGGAUCUCUUACCAGAUGCUGGUAUUGAACGGGAUCCUGAUAAAUGCAGAAAUGGAGAAAGCACCCUCAGUACAGGGAAUACUGAGGAGGGCAAACGACUGUGCAAUGGAGAUAUAUUUUUCAUAACACAUGAUGUAGAAAUUAAUAAGCAGCGCUUGUUGACCAUCAGCAGCACAUAUGGCUCCACGUACACUGUGAACUAUAAGGCUCUGAAGAAGCUCUGUCAUAUAAAACAUGCGUGGGCCAGAACUAUUCACACAUUUCAGGGUUCUGAGGAAAAAACAGUUGUCUAUGUGGUUGGCAAUCCAGGCCGUCAGCACUGGCAGCACGUGUACACAGCUGUGACCAGAGGACGCUGCCGUGUCUACGUUAUUGCUGAAGAGAGGCACCUCAGGAGAGCAGUCACUAACAAUAACUUUCCCAGAAAAACUCGCUUACAGAGGUUUUUGAGAGAGGCAAUUGCAAAUGCAAACAACUGUCCGACACAGACGUCAUCUCCUCUGACAAAGAGACAGCCAGGUCAAGAGCCUGGAACUCAGCCUGUUUCCUUAACUCAAGAUGUUCCUGACCCACCCGAACCUGGAACUGAGAGGAUUCAGCAAGAAGGGUCAGCAGAUCUCAAUAAAGAGCACGUGGGUCAUUCGCAGCAGAUAAGUCCGUAUAAAAGACAACAGAGUCAUGCAGAGGAAUCAGAUAAGCUAUUAGAAAAAGACACUCCACUUGGGACUGCCAGACUCAGGAGCCUCACUUUGGAGCAAGUCACUCCCAGGAAGCUUUUCAAAAGCUGACAUAUGUUUAACUGUCCUCUGCAGGGCGUUGAAUGUUCCUCUGACCUUUUGUGGCAGUGCUGCGAUAUCAAUGAGACGGCUGUGUGUGCAGGGCAGGUGAGCUCGUUCAUGGAUUGGAAACAGCAAUAGGGAUACAGAUAACAGUUUUAAAUGACCAGAAACAGCUCCGUGGGGUGAUUGCUUGGAUGUGGUGACUCUACAAAUGUACAAACCCAGUAUCUUUAUACUCACCAAGAACAAUAAUUACCAAUAACAACUUGAAUACUGGAAUAAACCAAAGCAGCUGCUGGUGGGCGUAUAAAGCAACCGGCAGUAUUUUAUUGCUUGAGGGGAGUGGAGAGAAUCUGUGAUGUUUGUAAAAGAUAUUUACAGUUUUCAAUUCUAAAAACGUGUUGUAAGGGGAUGCUUAUCAUAAAGAAAGCUGAGAACAAAGCAUUUUAAAUGGGACACCGGUCCCCCUCCCAAGAAAUGGUUUGGCUUAAAAAGCUCACGUAGAACAGUAGAAGUUGACAGGUUUAUGGAUCAUUAAAGAACUUUUGUAUCAAUCUCCCGCUGCUAUUGUUUUUAAAAGUCAAUUCUCUUUUAAAACCUUUCUAAUUUGUCUGAAUCAUAGAAUCAUAGAAUCUGAACGCGUUUCAGUUUUACUCUCGUCGGUAAUCCUCUUUCAGAGGUUUUUAAUCCCACUAAAAAAAGUCUCUGCUUCAAAAGCCCUGCAGGCUGCAAGACCUGUCGUUAAAUACUUCAUUGCAUAGGGAAUAAUAACAUCUGAUCUAAUCAAAUCUAUCACGGUUGUUGGGGAGCAGUGUUCACCACAUGCUGCAGCUUCCUACAAGCAUUCUGUUCAAACAUCUAACCUGUGCUUUGUCUACAGAGCGUGCCCUGCUUGCCAGCGGAAUGCAGGUCCCCAAAAUGGCAGCGCUGGGCAGGUAACGAGAGCACGGGAUGCAGCACAGUGUUCUUCCUCAGCGAGCUGACACUGACUUCCUGCUAAAAUGCUUUUAAGAGUCAUGUAACCUGGACACCACUGGUAGGAGUUGUUAACACGUUGCUUUUUCCCUCACACAGCUGCUGCUGCUGAAGGGAAAGGACCGUUUCUCUUAUAUCAUGUAUAAAUAUCUUUGUGUUUUGAGGAAAAAAAAACAACAA